AUGGCGAAACGACAACGUGAAGAGGCCGAAGCCGCCGCAGAGUUGAGCGAUACAAGCAACAAGAAGCAAAAGGUCAAGAAGGAAAAGAAGGACAAGAAGGAAAAGAAAUCCAAGACGGUCGUCGAGGACGCCCCGAUUGAGGUAGUUGAGGAUGCUGGCGCCGGUGGAGAGGCCUUGUCCAAGGAAGAGCGCAAGGCAUUGAAGCGCGCGAAAAAGGAAGCGGCGAAAGCAGCAGAAGCACAGGAAGCCGCCAAUAGCGUCGCUGAAGGCAAAGGCGACGACGAGGCUGCAGCAAAGGCUGAGAAGAAAGCGCGAAAGCGGGCUGAGAAGGCGGCCAAGCUUGCCAAUGGCGAUGCUGAGGCUGUUGAGAAAGCAGUGCCUGUAUCCAACGGCGGCGCAAAGGUCAAGGGUGUGAGCAAAAGCGAGGCCACAGCAUACUACGCGGAGAAGCAGAUCGGUGUGGAAGACCCGAAGAAGGAGGAUCUUGGCCCGAUCGUGUCCUUCGACUCCCUUCCGUUCGAUGCGCCAACCAAGAAGGCCUAUUUCUCUGCCUUCUCGGCACCUUCCCCAAUCCAGGCGGCAUCAUGGCCAUACCUUAUGAACGGAAGAGAUUUGAUCGGCGUGGCAGAGACUGGUUCUGGAAAGACCUUUGCCUUUGGUGUGCCAUGUAUCAGCCGUCUACAAAAGGGCGGCAGGCAGAUUCAAGUGUGCAUCGUCAGCCCGACCCGAGAGCUGGCGUUGCAAAUAGAAGAGCAGAUGAACAAGUUGACAAAACCCGCUGGCUUGAAGGCGACUUGCAUCUACGGAGGCGUGAACAAGGACGAGCAAAGACAGAAGAUCAAGGGAUCUAGCAUCAUUGUUGCGACACCCGGUAGACUGAAUGACUUCAUCGGAGAUGGUUCUAUCGAUCUCUCCAAUGUCAACUACCUCGUWCUAGAUGAGGCCGAUCGCAUGUUGGACACGGGUUUCGAACAGGAUAUCCGCAAGAUCAUCCUCGCCACCAAGCCUGGUCCGGAAAGGCAGACACUCAUGUUCACGGCUACAUGGCCGCCCUCGAUCCGUGAACUUGCAAACGAAUUUUUGCGAGACCCCGUCCGUAUCACCAUCGGCGACAACGCUUCGGGAGAGCUUCGUGCGAACAUGAGGAUCGUGCAAGAGGUUGAGGUGAUGGACGAAUACGACAAACAGGAGCGCAUGUUGCAAGUGCUGAGGAAGUACCAGUCUGGCGCCAACAAGAAAGACCGUAUUCUUGUCUUCUGUUUGUACAAGAAGGAAGCUACGCGCGUUGAGGAGACUAUCCGCCGGAGAGGAUUCCCAGUCGCAGGUAUCCACGGCGAUCUCAGUCAGGAGAAGCGCACUCAAAGUCUGGAGGCUUUCAAGAGUGGCGCGGUUCCUCUCUUGGUUGCGACCGACGUUGCUGCUCGUGGUCUCGAUAUCCCAGCAGUGAAACUGGUGUUGAACGUCACAUUCCCAUUGACUGUGGAGGACUAUGUGCACCGUAUCGGAAGAACUGGACGUGCAGGCCAAGAUGGACGUGCCAUCACUUUCUUCACCCAAACUGAGAAGGGUCUAGCUGGCGCUUUGAUCAAUGUGUUGAAGAAGGCCGAGCAGCCCGUGCCCGAAGAAUUAUUGAAGUUUGGAACGACGGUGAAGAAGAAGGCACACGAUGCGUACGGUGCAUUUUACAAGGAUCCGGCAGACAUGAAGGCGGCAACAAAGAUUACUUUUGAUUGA